UAUUUUCCAGCAAGUCAAUUUUUUUUCUUUCUUAAAACAAAUACCCUGUGCUUCAGAAACCAAAAUCGAUAGAAAAUUAUCUUCUAUAGAAUUCAAUAAACAUUCAACGAAAGAUUGUGUUGAUGUUCUUGUACAAAGUCAUUUUAUGAAGAGAUAAAAAAAGGUUGCUUAGAAAAAGGAAAGAUAUAUACAUCAGUCAGUACUGUAUAGCAUAAAUAGAUUUUGUUUCCAAUGGGUUUCACAAAUGAGAAAGAAGAAAAAUCAGCAGAGACGGAUAAGGGAAACCCACCUAAUGUUUACAAGGUGGGAGUGCCCCGUCAACCGGAUCUAAUGAAGGAAUUUACUGGUGGAAUGAAAGAAACGUUCUUCUCUGAUGAUCCAUUUCGCCAAUUCAAGGGACAAUCUAGUUCGAGAAAGUUCAUCUUAGCAAUCCAAUUUGUUUUCCCCAUUUUCCAAUGGGGAAGAGAUUAUAACUUAACUAAAUUCAAAGGAGAUAUUAUUUCCGGACUCACCAUUGCUAGCAUCUGCAUUCCACAGGAUAUCGGAUACGCAAGGCUCGCAAAUCUUGAGCCGCAGUAUGGGCUGUACACCAGCUUUGUGCCACCACUAAUUUACGCAUUCAUGGGAAGUUCAAGAGAUAUUGCCAUUGGACCAGUAGCCGUAGUGUCUCUGUUACUCGGGUCUUUGCUACAAGACGAGAUUGAUCCUAUCGCGCAUCCUCUGGAGUAUCGUCGACUUGCCUUUACUGCGACUUUCUUCGCUGGAGUCACUCAAGCCACGCUAGGUGUUCUGAGACUAGGUUUCUUAAUUGAUUUUCUAUCACAUGCUGCCAUUGUUGGAUUCAUGGGAGGGGCUGCCAUUACAAUUGCUCUUCAGCAGCUUAGAGGUUUCCUUGGAAUAAAAAAAUUCACAAAGAAGACGAAUAUUAUCUCCGUUAUGCGAUCUGUAUGGGGCAACGUACAUCAUGGAUGGAAUUGGCAGACUAUACUCAUUGCAGCAGUAUUCUUGAGUUUCCUUCUAUUCGCCAAGUACUUGGGAAAGAAGAACAAGAGAUUAUUUUGGGUGUCUGCUAUAGCCCCUCUGAUCUCUGUUGUCCUGUCCACUUCUUUUGUGUACAUUACACGUGCUGAUAAAGUUGGCGUUCAAACUGUAAAGUAUAUACAGCCAGGUAUAAAUCCAUCAUCAGCGGAAGAAAUUUAUUUUAGCGGUGAUUAUGUCCUCAAAGGUUUCAAGAUAGGUGUUGUGGCUGGUAUCAUAGGUCUUACGGAAGCUGUAGCUAUUGGAAGAACCUUUGCAUCCAUGAAAGACUAUCAAUUAGAUGGAAACAAAGAAAUGGUGGCACUAGGUGCGAUGAACAUUGUUGGUUCAAUGUCAUCUUGCUACGUUGCCACCGGUUCGUUCUCUCGUUCGGCUGUGAAUUACAUGGCUGGAUGUCAAACUACUGUCUCCAAUAUCAUCAUGUCUUGCGUGGUUUUACUGACCCUCUUAUUUCUCACACCUCUAUUUAAGUACACUCCCAACGCCAUUCUAUCCUCCAUCAUUAUUUCUGCCGUGAUAGGCCUAAUAGAUUAUGAGGCAGCAUUACUCAUUUGGAAGAUCGAUAAAUUUGACUUUGUUGCCUGUUUGGGAGCUUUCCUGGGUGUUAUCUUUGCUUCGGUUGAGAUUGGCCUAUUAAUCGCGGUCUCGAUAUCGUUCGCGAAAAUCCUCUUACAUGUGACAAGGCCACGAACUGUGUUACUUGGAAGGCUACCCCAAACAACCGUUUACAGAAAUAUUGCACAGUAUCCAGAUGCCAGCAAAAUUCCUGGCGUUCUUAUUGUGAGAGUUGAUUCAGCAAUCUACUUCUCAAAUUCUAACUAUGUCAAGGAGAGGAUCCUAAGAUGGUUGGCAGAUGAGGAAGAUUAUCUGAAUGCAAAUGGCCUACCAAGAAUUGACUUCUUGAUUGUGGAGAUGUCUCCUGUCAUUGAUAUUGACACCAGUGGUAUCCAUGCUCUGGAGGAAUUGUAUAGGGCUCUCCAGAAGAAAGAUGUUAAGCUUGGUAUAUCAAAUCCUGGUCAUUUGGUAAUUGACAAACUCCACGCGUCGACAUUCGCAGACCUUAUCGGAGAGGAGAAUAUUUUCCUUAGUGUUUGGGAUGCUGUCUUAACCUAUGCUCCCAAAAUGGUAGAUGAAGCGUAAAGAGUAACAGUCAUAUUUACGCUGCUAUCUUGAUCUCACUUGGAAACCAAGCCUAAUAUUUCCGGCAUCACCCAAAAGAAUGUUAUCAGUUGUAGUCUUGUCAGAGGCGCCACUUGCUUGUGGCUCUUCUGUUUUUUCAAUAUAUUAUGCCCUUGUCCCGUAAAAGAAAAGAAAAGAAAAGAAAAAAACAAAGUUUUCAAGCACGAGAAGCUGACUGACAUGAUAAUACAGAGGACGAAGGAUUCGGCUUCAUUACCAGUUCGCGAAAGAUAAGUGUACUUUUCACAAUACUGUUUCUAUGCAAUGUCUAAGCAUUGCAAGAGGUAUUAUUGUGGGGGUAUCUACAGUACGGUCAUAGCAUUUAUGUAGGUAUCUUUAUGGGGUUCCUAUGACAAUAUCAGAGCAGUUAAGCCGAUUUUUGUCGCAGUGAACGACUUCUAAUUUCUACUCUUGGAAAGUAAUGGUAUCAACUGUCAACAGUAUAUUAUAUGUAAAAUAUACACCUGGCGUAGCAUAUAUGUAUAAUACAACAAUUAUUGGUUGAGUAACCCUUGAACUUAUUG